ACGACCAACAGUCGUUGGUUGCCACUAAGAUGUGGAUGAUCCGUUGCGCUCCGCUGCUCGCCUGCUUCUUUGUGCUUGUAUGUCUUUCCUCUGUGGCGGCCAGCCCCACAUGGAGCUUUGACCAAGUCGGCGGCUACUUGAAUGGCAUUUUGCGCUCCGUCCUCGGGCCCCUUUUCGGGUUUGGAAACGACAUGUACAACACCACCACCUUUCUUUAGCCUAUGGGUCCUCUUACCGCACCAGACCGAAGGGAACCGGCAGCUUCUCAACAAUAUCCACAACGCAGUCACCCAGGUUCUUCAGCAGAUACUGGGCCGCAUAAAAACCGGCUGGUCCGGCGCCCACAAUGCAUAUCCGUUUGGUGGGCGUCUCACUGUGGAUUAUUUGCUGUCUUACAGAACUCGUGUAAAAACCACGCCUACAGAUAUUCAGUAAAUUAGAGGUCAUGUCUAA